UUAAACAGGGGGAAAAAACUACAAGUCCCAGAAACAUAUCAGUCAGCAGUAUCAUGAUGAUGGCAAGUGGCAGAAUUGCUGGAAGCAGCGUUCAUUCUGGUAACAUAUCAGUAACCCACAACAUUCCCAUGAAGGUGCUGAUCAGACCUAUCCCAUCAGUACUUGAAGAGACCAAAGUGGAGAGUCUCAUGGAGACAAUACAGAAGGAUGAAGAGUUGGUGCCACCAAUUGAUGUUCUCUGGAUUAAAGGAAGGAAUGGAGGGGACUAUUACUACUCCUUUGGCGGGUGCCAUCGAUAUGCUGCACACCAGAGACUAAACAAGGAAACCAUUACAGCCAAAAUUAUCCAAUCAUCAGUCAGUGACUUGCGCACCUACUUGGGUUCCAGUACCCCUGACCUACUGUAAAGAUCAUAAAGAACUUGCACUCGUACUCUGAGUUAGAAAGAGUUUGUUGGGCACGAAAAAGGAUUUUUUGUUUCUAAUCUAAACAAUGAAGUGGCUCAUUUAGAAAAAAAAAACAUUUGCAAAGAAAAA